AAUGAGGACAGUAAUAGAAGGCUCAGUGCUGGGUAGAGCACCAUAAAUCAUGAGGCAAAAGCAGUAAGAGCUCUGACAAAUCGGUGAGCAGCUGCAAACAGCACUUUGCAGGAAAUACCAUUGUGCUGAGGAGGAAAACAACACCCUGCUCCUUCCCCUUGGCUCCUCCUCCCCUUCUCCUUGCUGAAUUAGAAGCUCCGGGAAUGUUCUAAUUGGCGGCGGCCUCUUCAAAAGAGUCUGAAUCUGGUUCUGAGCAAGUCUUUGCCUGGUGUGGUGGCAGGGCUUGGCCCAGCCCAGCCUCUGAGCAGGUUGUGAGGCGAAAGCACGGAGCAGAUGCUGAUGAGGACUGUGCCAGUGUCCUUGGAAGAAGUUUGGACCUGAUUUGCAGAAAGGGAAAAUGGAUCUUGUUAUGUGAGGGCACUGAGGAAACCGGCCCCAGAUACCGAGAGGAAGAAAGGCCGGUGGGAAAUAUUCAGAUUGAGGGAUUUUAAUGGCUUUCAGGUAGAAGCCAAGUGGAGACAAUCAAAAUGAACUCUAUGGACAGGCACAUACAGCAGACCAAUGACCGGCUGCAGUGCAUAAAACAGCACUUACAGAACCCUGCGAACUUCCAUAAUGCAGCUACAGAGCUCCUGGACUGGUGUGGUGACCCCAGAGCCUUUCAGAGACCGUUUGAGCAGAGCCUGAUGGGUUGUUUGACGGUGGUGAGUCGAGUGGCAGCUCAGCAAGGAUUUGACUUGGAUCUUGGAUACAGGCUACUGGCAGUAUGUGCAGCCAACAGGGACAAAUUCACUCCAAAAUCAGCGGCGCUGCUCUCGUCGUGGUGUGAGGAGCUGGGACGGCUUUUGCUGCUUCGCCACCAGAAAAGCCGGCAGAACGAUCCUCCAGGGAAGCUCCCAAUGCAACCCCCCAUGAACUCUAUGAGCUCCAUGAAACCCACCCUCUCUCAUAGUGAUGGGUCUUUCCCUUACGACUCUGUUCCCUGGCAGCAAAAUACCAACCAGCCUCCAGGUUCCUUAUCAGUGGUCACCACGGUAUGGGGUGUGACUAAUACCUCUCAAAGCCAGGUGCUGGGAAAUCCAAUGGCAAAUGCUAACAACCCUAUGAACCCAGGAGGAAAUCCCAUGGCUUCUGGGAUGACUACCAGCAACCCGGGAAUCAACUCCCCUCAGUUUGCUGGACAGCAGCAACAGUUUUCAGCCAAGGCAGGCUCCACUCAGCCGUAUAUACAGCAGGGCAUGUAUGGGCGACCCAACUACCCUGGAAGUGGAGGCUUUGGUGGGAGUUACCCUGGAGGCCCCAAUACUCCCGCAGGGAUGGGCAUCCCGCCGCACACCAGGCCACCAGCUGAUUUCACCCAGCCAGCAGCUGCUGCUGCCGCUGCUGCAGUUGCAGCUGCAGCUGCUACAGCAACAGCUACGGCAACAGCCACUGUAGCAGCCCUUCAGGAAACACAGAAUAAGGACAUGAACCAGUAUGGACCGGUUUGUUCCUCUUUCCAGAUGGGUCCAACUCAGGCUUACAACAACCAGUUUAUGAACCAGCCUGGUCCUCGUGGCCCUGCUUCAAUGCCAGGCAACAUGAACCCAGCAAGCAUGGGAGCAGGAAUGACACCUUCCAGCAUGAGUGGGCCACCCAUGUCCAUGAACCAACCUAGGCCUCCUGGAAUGAGUCCCUUCAGCACCCAUGGGCAGAGGAUGCCUCAGCAAGCCUACCCAGGCCCACGGCCUCAGUCUUUGCCUAUACAGGGCAUAAAGAGACCAUACCCAGGAGAGCCAAAUUAUGGAAACCAGCAGUACGGACCAAAUAGCCAGUUUCCAAACCAGCCUGGUCAGUAUCCCACUCCCAAUCCUCCAAGACCCCUUACAUCUCCCAACUAUCCUGGACAGAGGAUGCCAAGCCAGCAGAAUACAGGGCAGUACCCUCCUCCAACAGUCAACAUGGGGCAGUAUUACAAGCCAUCAAGGCCUGUACCUGUGGCAAAUUACCCUCAUUCACCUGUUCCAGGAAAUCCCACGCCACCUAUGACUCCAGGGAGCAAUAUUCCUCCAUACCUGUCACCUAACCAGGAUGUCAAACCACCAUUCCCACCUGACAUUAAGCCAAAUAUCAGUGCUUUACCACCACCUCCAAAUGCUAAAGGGAAAGUUCAUGCUUUCUCUCCCUCUUCGAUCCCAGCCAACCACAAUGAUGAGCUGCGUCUGACAUUUCCCGUGAGGGAUGGUGUUGUGUUGGAGCCCUUCCGGCUGGAACACAACCUGGCAGUCAGUAACCAUGUCUUUCACUUACGGCCAACUGUUCAUCAAACGCUGAUGUGGAGGUCUGACUUGGAAUUACAGUUCAAGUGCUAUCACCAUGAAGACAGACAAAUGAACACAAACUGGCCAGCUUCAGUCCAGGUCAGCGUUAAUGCAACCCCACUUACCAUCGAACGUGGUGACAACAAGACAUCUCAUAAACCUCUGCACCUAAAGCAUGUCUGCCAGCCAGGAAGAAACACGAUUCAAAUUACAGUCACAGCAUGUUGUUGUUCACACUUGUUCGUGUUGCAGUUAGUACACCGGCCGUCAGUUCGCUCUGUACUUCAAGGUCUACUAAAGAAACGCCUCCUCCCAGCAGAACAUUGUAUCACCAAGAUAAAGAGGAACUUCAGUAGUGUAGCAGCUUCCUCUGGCAAUGCAACACUAAAUGGGGAAGAUGGAGUAGAGCAAACAGCCAUUAAAGUGUCUCUGAAGUGUCCGAUCACAUUCCGGCGGAUUCAGCUCCCAGCAAGGGGUCAUGAUUGCAAGCAUGUACAAUGCUUUGAUCUGGAAUCUUACUUACAACUGAACUGUGAAAGAGGAACUUGGAGGUGUCCAGUAUGCAAUAAAACUGCUCUGCUGGAGGGCUUGGAGGUUGACCAGUACAUGUGGGGUAUUCUCAACGCUAUACAGAACUCAGAGUUUGAAGAAGUUACCAUUGAUCCAACAUGCAGUUGGAGGCCAGUCCCUAUAAAGUCAGAUAUUCACAUCAAAGAUGACCCAGAUGGCAUUCCCUCCAAAAGAUUUAAGACCAUGAGUCCAAGCCAGAUGAUCAUGCCAAAUGUGAUGGAGAUGAUUGCAGCUUUGGGUCCUGGACCAUCACCUUACCCAUCCCUCCCACCUCCUCCAGGAGGCAACAACUCCACCGAAUAUGGAAACCAAGGUAACAGUUACCAAGGUCAUGGCAAUUUUGAUUUUCCGCACGGGAAUCCUGGUGGAACAUCUAUGAAUGAUUUCAUGCAUGGGCCACAGCUGUCACAUCCCCCAGACAUGCCGAGCAGCAUGGCAGCUCUCGACAAACCUCUCAGUCACCCUAUGCAGGAAUCUAUCCCUCAUCCCGGCAGCACUGAUCAGUCCCAUACUUCCAUGCAGCAAGGUUUGCACGUCCCUCACCCCAGCAGCCAGUCAGGGCAGCCAUUACAUCACAGCGGGCCUCCCAGCCAGCAGUCCCGGCAGCCGCCCCCGGCCGCUUCUGGCAACCAUCCACACAGUGACCUGACCUUUAAUCCCUCCUCAGCCUUAGAGGGUCAGGCUGGUGGACAGGGAGCACCUGACAUGCCGGAGCCCUCGCUGGAUCUGCUUCCAGAACUCACAAAUCCAGAUGAGCUGCUUUCGUACCUGGAUCCUCCUGAUUUGCCAAGCAAUAGCAAUGAUGACCUUCUGUCUCUCUUUGAGAACAAUUGAACCCACAUGUAUUCCCCCACCCCUUUCACUUGUUCACACGUGUGGCUGCACAGCGAGGAAUCUUAACACUCCUUUUCCACAAAAGAAGAAAAAAACACCUCACGAGUUGAUCCAGUGGUGCACUCCCUGCUUUCUUCAUCUCAGAACUGCUUUUGUCAGCUUCAAAAACUGUGAAAGUGCCGGGAGAAAAAAUACACAAAAAACUACAGUAAUCUCAGAGUCCGCCAUGCUAUGCGUCACAACAAAACACAGACAGUUGUGCAGCUAUUGGAAACCCCGUUUGUUGUUCAUCCUAUAGAGAGAGAGUUCUGUGAUAAACAUAGUGUGAAGUAUCUUGGCAAAAACAAAUCUUGGCAAGGGAAGAAAAGGCAACAAAAUGGAACUGUCUUUAAUUGACCUGUCUCAGAGUGUCCUUCCAACGCAUGUUCUUCCAUUUUUUUGAAACCAUCUCCCUCCACCCUGCUUCUCCUCUGUCCCUCUCCAAGCACAAGUUUGUGUUGGAGUAAUUUUUCUGGCCACACACAAAACAAAAAACAAAAACACAAACAAAGCUCCAGAAAGCACAGAUUGUACAGUAAAAUGGCAAAGGUAGGGAAGAAAUACGAGCCCAUCAAGAGGGUGACAGCAGUUUAGUAAACACGUUGUCAGUAAUGGAGUCCUGAGCAUCUCCAGGCCGCAGCCGCAUGUGUUUGGACUUAGAAAAGUUCAGGAAUCUUAAACACUUCUUUGCAAAGGAUUCCUCUGUUCAAACACACACAUUGGAAGCACAUGGAAAAAAUAAAAAAUACUUUCAAUGUUUAGGGUUUUUCUGUGGUUUGGUUUCAAAUCAUUACCGUUUGUGGCUGCGUUGACACCCACCUGUCAAGAUUGUUGUAAGUGGUCUUUUUGCCAUUUAAUUCAUACAGAAUGGAAAAGAGAGGGAGGGGGGAAUGCAAACCAAAACUCUCAAUUAUUAACCUACAGCCUUUGCUUCCUGAGCGUUUGCAUCACUGUGUGUGUUGCACAACACAUAAUAAGACAAGCUAGGUCAAAGGCAGAUAGGAAAUCGUUGCAGGAUGAGGGAGAGUAACAUCACGAUCUGCAUAAUUAUUUUUCAUAAUCAGCUUGAAGAGGGGCAUUGAAAUUGGAUAGACAUAGCUUCUUUUUUAUUUUGCUUUGCGUUCUGUUUUCAUGACUGUUACAAAUAAUUCAAGCUUUCUUUUCUCCUCCUUCGGUUUCUUUUUUUAAACCUUAGGUACCAGGAAGAAAUUGUUCUCAUGAAGGAAAGGGCAUGGGGAGGAAAAAUGACUUGGUAGAUUGCUGCUGCCCUCAAGAGACCCUAAUGCCACUAUCACUGUCUUGCCCCUGUGAUCCGUGCUUCUCGUGUGGUUGCUUCUCCUGCAUGAGCUUCCUAUUGCUUCUGUGCCCAUUUCUGUGCUCUUUGUCUCUCUCUCUCUCUUUUAUAAAUUAUGUACAGUAGCUGUGUAAGAAGUGCAUGUGUGCCAACUUUGCCCUCGUGGUGCAACAUUUCAGCUUUUGCCCACUGUGGAGUUAUUGGUUAAUUUCUUUUUAUUACUAAAGCAAAUUUGACCUACUCCUUUCCUCAUCCCAAACCCAAUCCAGUAACUUUUAUUUGCUCGCCACAACACAUUUUAAACUUAAGUGCCAGACAAAUUUUGUUUGUUCCCAUCUGUUUGACUAGAGUUUCCUAGCCCUCUGUGUUCAGUUUGCAAGCUGUAAAUGGCAUGCUAUGUGCUUACAACUCUGGAUUUGCUUUCCUCACCAAAGUCAUGUUUGUAAAUUCUUUGCAGUUCUUGUUUUAUUUUGCUCUUUGUUAACAUUUCCCACUACUGCUGUACAUGCGUCGUGAUAUAUAUAUGCUAGUCAGCAGCACCUUGCUGUAGAUAUUAAAGGAAAUGGCGGUUUAGUUCUUUUAUUUUCCAGUAGAAGUAUUGAAUCUGUCAAACAUAUUAUGUAGAGAUGGUCCCACACUUAUAUUUUUCCUGUUUCAAGUUUUUUUAAGAAAGGCGCUGUUCAUUAUGCAAAAUCAAUUAUUUUAAGAAUUGCUAUUGUAAAUAUCUUUGUGAAUAUUUUAGUAUCGUCUUUGAUAAUAUUCAACAUUUUCAUGAUCUGAUUAUACUUUUGCUGGUGUUUUUAAAUACCUUGUCUGAAAAAAAAUAUAUGGGUCCUUUUUUAACAAAAAAAAAAAAAAAAACAACAACAAAACAUUGAGGGUUCUUUAACAGAAUAAGGGAGGUUUUUUUUCUUCCCCCUUCCCGCCCCUCUCCCUCCCCCCCCCAACCUGUUUUCUUUUGAAAAGUUAGCCCAAACUUCAUAUCCAUUUACCUGAUGAAUGAAAUGAUAUGUCAGACAGUACCUGGACAAUCAGGGCCCAGCUCUGUCAUGGAAACACAGUAAGAAGUGAUUGCCUAGGGCAAAAAUCCCAUCACCCAACCAACUGAUGUUCCCUGCCCAUGUGGUGCCUGUGGGCUGGUGACAGCAGAAGUUUUGUCCCUUUGCCCCAGUGAGCAGGACACCUAGGAGCAGCUGUCUGAACGGGUGAAGAAGCACUAAGGCAAGCAGCGAGUACGUAAGGUACCGUAUUUCUAUCACUGUGCUGGUGUUCCAGCCUGCAGAGCUGGGCACACUAACACGAAGGGAUGCUGGUGGGUGGGGAGGGAAACAGUAUAGUACAUUUUAUUCUGCUUAGAAAUGUCUUUUUUCUUAUGUAGGCUUGACAACCUGUAGAGGAUCUCUGCAGAAUAUUAAAGAUACCUUGGUAUAAUACACGGUAACACGGUUGUGGUGUGGUGCUGCUGCCAUGCCAACACUAGGAAAGACCAUUCUUCAGUUACAGAUGUGUUUUGUAGCCAUUUUACUGUAGUAGUUUUCCCCUGUAUUUUUGCUGCAUUGUUCAUAUAUGUAUUGAAGUCAUUUUCAGGGGUGAUGAAUGAUAAACUGACAUUAUGCCCUUAGGGUUUUGUUUUGUUUCAUUUCGGGGGAAGUUUCUUAAGCCAUAGGUUUUGGAAUAAAGAACAUUUCUCAGUACUAGAUGGAAUGGGUUGCUCAGAUUUUUUAAUUGAUUCUAUUUAAUCCACUCUUCAUUGUUUCCUGAGCAGCUAAGUUAGUCACCUGAAAUUGCUUUUCUCUUAAACACAGCGUUAGUAUUUUAAACCAGGUAUGUUAAGAAUUGACUUUUUGCUAACUGGUAGUAUUUAAAAUGUAUCAUCUGAAAGUACCUGCUGGAAAGAAUAAAGGGAAAAAAAAAACAAACCCACAUAGAUAUUAGCAAUAUGUUUGGAGCAGUGUUUGCAUCUGCUUUGUACAGUAAUAGAGCAUUAAAGUGGAUGGUUGACAUGUCGGAGCUUAGAGGAGCGUUUGGUUUCUAAGCAGAACUUAUGAGAGAAAACACGAUUUUUACCCAUCUCCCAAAUGUUGGACAUACGAGACAGUUUUAAAACUAUGUCAGCUAAAAUCAGGUACUGUAUAGUAGAUUCAGUAUGGAAAUGCUUCUAAAUGAAAAUUUAGUUAUUUUUUUAUCUGUUCACUGCCGUAUUAAAUUUUAGAGAAAAAGCCUAGCAAAUAGGGUAAUCACAGUCAUUUCUUUUAAAGCUUAAUUAUUGUAUGAAAUUCCAGUAGUAUUUUUAUUCUUCUUUUUUUGUUUGUUUACUUUUUAAUUGUUUCCCUAUGGAAGUUCAUCUGGGAAAGAACCCACAGAAAUCUACAGUUCUGCUGGCAAGACAUUAUUAUAGGACUGACAGAUACACGCCAAUGUCUGCAGCGGAGACUCAAGGGACAUCUGUACAUAUGUAAAUGACAAAUAGAGACAUGUUAACAGAAAUGCAUUCAUUUUCCUUGGAAUGUGCAUUGUUUUUAUUUCGCAGGAAAAAAAAAAAGCUUGAAGCUCCAUCUUAUGUGGAAAAUGAAUCCUGUUUGUUAGCGUUUGUGGAGUCUCGGCAUUCGUUUCACUUUCACUUCUGUAAUAUACUCUGAUCCUUCGUUUUGUUUUGUUUUAUCUACUUGUAAUAUUUAGCUUACGUGUACUAGUCUAUCACCUGUGUAUUUUUAGGGUGCUACAGAAAUAAUGAAGAAAAAUAAGGGGAUUACAAAAAAAGUAAAUUGUAACCAAAUUCAUACUUUGUACAAUUUUUGAUAUCGCGAUCAGAGGGGAAUUAAAAAAAAAAAAUACAAUCUGACGUAACACGCAAAAAUGGCCAUUGUCUUUGUUUGUACAUUGUAUGUACAGUACAAUGCAAUCAUUUCAUACUUUAAACUGGUCAGAAAAAAUAAUUGUGAUUUUUAGUCUUGCAAAACUGUAUGUAGUUAGAUGAUGUGACAACCUAAUAUUUAUCUAAUAAAUAUGUAUUCAGAUGAAACCUGUA